GGACAAACGAAGCCCAAGCUGCCAAAUAUCACGCAAAACACUUGGCAGCAAUUUCUCAGUCUGGCGGACAGCAUUCUUGGAAUAAAUGAGACCAUCGAGGUGUCUCCCAAGCCACAUUCACUUUUUCUCAAACUCGAUGAAAUUUAUCCCAUUACCCUUCAAAAGUGCCGCCAUUGGGUUGAGACGAAUACCAACUGUAAAGCCAAGGGCAGCAUUCGCUUUGAGUGCACUUUCAUCUCACGCAUGCUCAGCGCCCAACUGUUUCAAUACGAGACCCUACACUUGGGGAGCGUAAGGGUUAAACUGGAGCACAAAGAGGCAAUUCGCUGCAGGCAUCUUCAAGGUCACAUAGUUGGCGCCAUGGUUGAAUGCUGCUUCUCGAAGUGGCGGGAGGAACCAAUCGUGUUGCCUUAUCUCUUCAAGGUCUCUGUAGAAAGAGUUGGUCGCUGUAGCAUGACGCAACAAUCUGAGUUGGAAAUGCCCACAGAAAAGGAUUCUCGGGGGAUGCCACACAUUGAGAUCCCUUUGGGACGGGAAGCUUUCACGGAAGUCCUCCGUCAAAUAAUCUUGGCAAGUGGAGAUUUCUUCGCUGUUGGUGACGUUCUGUCGGCGGUUGUUGUCGAGGCGUUGAACAACCACGCAGACUACAUUGCCGAUGCAUUCGCUGCCCGCCUGAAAAAUGAAAAAUCCAUAACCCUACGUAGACUCGUUGCAACUUUUGCUGACUGCCCCCUUCAGCUCUUCCGGAUAUUUAACUAUGUUUCAGCUUUUGCGCAAAAUGUCUACUUGCUGGAUGGUUCCAUGGACCCGCAAUACGCAGCGUCGAAGUCCCUUUCAAUUUUCCACAGUGAGUGUGAGAGGCGCCAAAUCAGUCUGGAUUUUCAAGAUGCUGUUCCUCAAAUCAUACUCGAUGGCUACCAGGCAAGAAUGCUGCGCAUCGACAAGUUUGCCAUCGAUGCCCCGACAAGCGAGUACCUCGAUUUCACCCGGCUUCGACAGAGAGCGCGCCUUUUUGGUCUGUCCGAAAGGCGGGCGUUCAACUAUUGGUUGUCUCAGAGUGGACUGACCAAUCGUGGAGAUGCCAUGCCUGUCCUUGCUUACCUCGUUACACUCUGCCUCAAAGACCUUCUUGAUGUUGCCUUGGCUAGCAGGCAACGUUUCGGCAUUAAUCUACGUUCUCAACUCACCGCAGUAGAACUUCAACAGGCCAGUUUGUGUAUACGGCGGCUGAAGUCGUACCUCUAG